CUUUGGAAGAAUUUCACUUCGGUCUCGCUUUCCAUCCACGUGCACGGGGGGGGGGGGGGAGAGACCGGGAAAAGAGAAGAGGCAAGAAAGGGGUGACUACUUGCCCGAGGAUGCUUGGGAGGGGGAUCCGGUAGUGGUCGGCGCGGGAGCCAGUCCUCGUCCCAAGCGUUUCAUUGAUUACCCUCGCUCGCUCCCCACGUUUACACCCGAGUGAGCAAUGUUGGAGGAGGAGGAGAGAAGGGCGCCUGUUGCGUCUCUUAUUCUCGGCACGCCCGACCUGCUCGGGAAAAGACCCGGACAUGCCCUAAAGCUGCCUGGCCUGAGAGCGGCCGUUCCCUGCGCCGUGGCACGUCCCCCACACUUCCAAACCGGGUUGGGGCUGGCUCGCUUGCGCGUUCCCUCGGUCCACUCCCCCCCUCCGUCCCCCUGCCUCUCCUUCCCCUUCUCUUGGCCAGUAUAUUUUUAGGUCAUUGGAGUGGAGGGGUAGGUAAUCCCCGGGCUCAGGUUCCAAAGGAGGCGGGUUCCGGCCGGAGGUGGAGUCACUUUUUCAUUUAAAUCCCCGACUAUAAAAUGGGUUUAAGGAGAAGCGGGAUCUCAUCAGUUGAGGCGCCCAGAGGAGCGGUGGGAGUGAGCGGCGUCGGGGGAGGCGAGCGGGAGGCUCGGGACCACAGCGUGGGCGCUCGGCGGAGCUGCUACUCCUGCCGCGGCGAUGCUACACUCCGUGGGCGCCCAGACCUUGCAAGCGCUCAGCCAGGUGGCCGCCUGCGUGCUCCUCCUGCCCCGCUUCCUCCUGACCGCUGUGAUGCUCUGGCUCCUGGAUUUUCUCUGCAUCCGGAAGAAACUCAUGCUGACCGCGGCGGCGACCCUCGGUGAGGAGCAAGAGUUGGCGGCAGAAGACGGCGACUCGAGCGAGGGGACCUGCCCGCCGGACGACCCUCCGCUCUGCGUCUCCGACUCGAACCGCAUGUUCACGUUGGAGUCGCUCAAAGCGGUGUGGCACGGGCAGAAACUGGACUUUUUCAAGGCGGCGCACGUCGGCGCGACGGCGCCCAACCCGGAGGUCGUCCAGCUGGACGGGCGCACGCGGCAGCGCAUCCUGGACUACGCCCGGGGCAAGAGACCGCUGAUCCUCAACUUCGGCAGCUGCACCUGACCCCCCUUCAUGGCGCGCCUGCGCGCCUUCGAGCGCCUGGCCACGCGCUUCGUGGACAUCGCCGACUUCUUGCUGGUGUACAUCGAGGAGGCGCACCCUUCCGACGGCUGGGUCAGCUCGGACGCCGCCUACGACAUCCCCAAGCACCAGUGCUUGCAGGACCGGCUGCACGCGGCUCAGCUGAUGAAGGAAGGCGCGCCGGGCUGCCCGCUGGCCGUGGACACCAUGGACAACGGCUCGAGCGCCGCCUACGGGGCGUACUUCGAGCGCCUGUACAUUAUCCAGGAGCGGAAGGUGAUGUACCAGGGCGGCCGGGGCCCCGAAGGCUACAAGAUCUCCGAACUCAGGCGCUGGCUCGACCACUACAAGAACAGCCUCCGAGCCGGGCCCAGCACCGUGGUAGUCCAGGUGUAAGGAAGAAUCCCCGGCGGAGGGAGGGAACGGGAAGGAAGAGGGAGCUCGAACUCCUUCGCUUUCCUUUCCCGCCCCUUUCCGUAACUCCCGAGAGGCUCUGUGUGAGUUUUCAUGCGAGACAUUAUUCAAAUCAUGUUGAUUUGCCGAGCAUUUGUUAUUGACAUCCAUUUCCACGUGCAGUUUUGUUUCCCUUCUUUUCCUUAUUGCGGGCGUGAGAACGAACAGAUCUCUCUUGCGUGGGGAGGGGGGGGGAACGCGUUUGCUGUUUUUUUUUUGUUUUGUUUUUUUUGAGAGCCUGUUUCUGAGCGUGUGCGUGCACGUGCGGGCUUCGGGUGUACGUGUGCGCGGGUGUUUCCGAUGGGAACGGUCUUCUGUCGUGCACGUGGGUCUGGUGGAGAGAAGUUUCGCGUGCCCAAGCGGUGUGUGUUCUCUCUAUUUUUCCCUCUGCUGUCCUAGCAAAAACCUUGGCUGGAAGUUCUGGCGUUUCUUUAUGAUGACCGGUUUCGAAAUGGUUUUGGAACGCCAGGAAACCGAGUCUGAAAUUGGGAGAUGGCAGAAUUGCCAGUUUUCGUUUUUGAGGAAAAGCAAAACAAAAACAAAAAAAACACAAAAACACCCCACAAGUCUAUUUAUGUGAUCUCUGAGCUGGUGGUAUGUUGAGCUUCUUUUCUCUUUUUUGUAAAAUACCUGUUUUUUAUGAGCUUUUUAUAACAUUAUUAAUAAAGAUGAUUGAAUAA